UUGUACCUUAUAAUAAAAUUAAAUAAAAAAAGAUGAACUAAUUUUCUAUUGAUAACAAUCGUUUCACGGAUUUGGGUCAGUUUGAUAUGAUGACUAGUUAUGUAAAGUAUCUGAAAUAUUUAAGAAAAUGUAGGGACUAAAAACAAGUGAUCACAAUUUCAAUGGUGAUCACUUGUAUCCUACUUAGACAAGUGAUCACAAUUUCAAUGGUGUAAGUGUAACUAUCGCAUGUAUUUCUUCUCGACAUAUUUCUUCUACACGUAACUAUAGUGUCAUUUAAGAGACAAAACAAUAGUAUAAGGGUUACUAACAUAAAAUUCCGAAACUUUAGGGGCUUUAAUGUAUUUGAACAAUAAAUGGAGUUUUUAUCAUCUUAUAUAUCGCCACGUGGCACAAAAUACUCUCAAGGAGCUUACUUGCCUCUCUCUCUCUCUUUGAGCUUGUCUGACUCUGUAAUGGCUACUUGGAGUGGUUUCAAUGUCUCUUCUUCUCCGUCGCUUAGGCUUCGCUCUUACUCCAUCGCAAACGCCACUCAGCUUCCGUUUCUCUCCCCUCUUUGCCGGCGUCGGUUACUGGCAGAACGCUUCGGUCUCGGAACCAUCGUUGUUUUGCGCCGAGACCUCUCAGUUUCUCCGCCGCGUGCGGCGGGGAUGGAAGCUCGCAUCUCAGGGAAAAGAGAACCCAUGGUGCCUCCAUAUAACGUUUUGAUCACUGGCUCAACGAAAGGUAUAGGAUAUGCAUUAGCUAGAGAGUUUUUGAAAGCAGGCGACAAUGUUGUGAUUUGCUCUAGAUCAGCUGAACGAGUUGAGUCUGCUCUUCAGAGUCUAAAGGAAGACUUUGGGGAGCAUGUGUGGGGAACUAAGUGUGAUGUUAGGGAAGGCAAGGAUGUGAGGGAACUAGUAGCUUAUUGUCAACAGAAUCUGAAAUACAUUGACAUUUGGAUAAAUAAUGCGGGAUCUAAUGCCUACAGCUUUAAACCUUUGGCAGAGGCCUCGGAUGAGGAUCUUAUCGAGGUUGUGAAGACCAACACCCUUGGUCUGAUGUUAUGUUGCCGAGAGGCAAUGAAUAUGAUGUUGACUCAAUCUCGAGGUGGUCAUAUCUUCAAUAUUGAUGGAGCUGGUUCAGAUGGGAAACCAACACCCAGGUUUGCUGCAUAUGGCGCAACUAAACGAAGUGUUGUUCACUUGACAAAGUCAUUACAGGCAGAGUUGCAGAUGCAAGAUGUUAAAAAUGUGGUGGUGCACAAUCUGUCGCCUGGAAUGGUCACAACUGAUCUACUCAUGUCAGGAGCAACAACAAAACAAGCCAAGUUCUUCAUUAAUGUGUUGGCAGAGCCAGCCGAAGUGGUGGCUGAGUACGUUGUCCCGAACAUAAGGGCAAUACCGGCUAGCGGAUCGAUGAAGCCGACUUACAUUCGUUUCCUAACCGGAAUCAAAGCCUACACCAAAAUAUUCUCAAGAGUUGCAUUGGGAGCAAGGAAGAACAGGUAUGUGACUGAAGACUAGGUAUCAAACUAAGAAUAAGAGAUGUAUUGUGGUUUCCCUGUUUCUUGAAUCAUGGUUAACUGUUGAAACCCGGAUACUCACUGACCUCUACACUUUGUUAAUUACACUUCAAAAAAUGCAUACUAUUGUGUGCAUUUGUUUUUAAGUUAAUUUGUAAAUAAGCUACAAGAUUCUUAGUUAA